AUCAUGAAAUGCUGCCACUUGGCAUUAUUUAGACGAUUGUUGGUGCAAAAGUUGUUGUAGAAGGGAGUGACAAGCAUAAUCCUCUGCAUGAGGGUUCUGGUUCUGUCCUUUGGAUAACUGAUAAGAGACAGGCACUAGGGUUGGUGGAUGAAAUCUUUGGACCUGUUAAAAACCCAUAUGAUGCAGUACGAUACAACUCAGAAAGUGAGGUCCCUGCUGGAAUCCAUGAAGCUGGUGAGAAUGAUGAAGAGGUUUCAGAUGAUGAGAAUUAAAGAGGUUGAGUAUAAGAGGAUGCUAAAAAUGGAAAAGAGGCAUGAACAAACAGAGACAUGAAAUUAGGAAGGAUAAUAAAAAGAAAAUAAAAAAUAGGGAUGGCACAUGGAGAAAAGGUAGACAUACAGCCACCGUGCAGGCACAGUCUGUGGAAGGACAAAGUUUUGUUAGCAGGCCUGGCUUCAUUCAACCAUUCCCAGUGAUGCCACGGUCUGCCACUUUAGCCACACCUUCAAAUGGAGUUUGGUCAGAAGGUACUCAAUGUCUGCAACCGCACAAUAACAUCUUUCCGAAUGAAUUUCCUGCUGGUCGGCCGUAGCUCUUGCAAAACCAGCAACAGUCACCAUUUCCAAUGCCUUUGCUAAAUUCCGUGCCUAUGCCAGCAUCAAUGUUGCAUCAACAGCAGCAUGCCAGCAUCAAUGUUGUAUUAACAGCAGCAGUUCAAUCCUAGUCAGGAUCCACUUCCCAAUAUGGUCUUGCCAAGUGGUCAAUCAAAUUUGUUAUCAAGGCCUUCAUAUGGUCAGUUGAAUAUGUUAGCCGGGCCAUCAUAUGCACCUUGGCAAGAAUCAAAUCUUAGAUCUAUUAAUCAUUUCUGUAUAUAAUUUUUAUUUAGUCAUUGUUGUAUUUGAUUCUUUUUUUUUUUAUUACUUAUGAGUCUUAUUGAUUUGGUUUAUUUGCAUUAUUUACUUUGCUUGCAGAGAGGGGAAUGUACAGAGCCAAAUAUUUGAGAAGAGUAGACUUAUAAUGUUCGGUCAUAGAAAUGCAAUGAACAGUCUUUAGGCUUAACUUCAUGUUAGCCUCUGUUAAAGGAGUCAUUUCCUUUCUAGUGAUCUCGGGAUGAUAUACUUGUCACAUCGCCACGAUGCUGAGGUUCUGGAUUGUUGGGAUUGGCUGGGAUUGCAGUGUUUUCUUUGGCAAAUCACCCUUAACUACCUAAUCAGGUAUAUGUUUUUUUAUCUCAUUUGAAACUUUUGGGAACUAUUUGGUAUCACUUUUGCAUUUUUGGGACUUUAUUUCUGGUUUUUAUUUUUAUUUUUAUUUUCUAUUUUAAGCAGUUCUAUUUCUUCUGUCUUUAUUUCCAAAAAAACAGCCUUUUUGUCGUUUGAUUGAGAGAUUAACAAGCAGCUGCUUUGAAAAUUAGGAAAUGCUGUUUUAAUUAUGCCUACAAGUUUAUAAAAGCACUAUUUGUUUUUGCAAUUUAAGUAUGUUUUCUUAAAUUUUAUAUACCAACAUUUUCUUUUCAAAACAUUUGCUUUUCUUUAUUUAUCUUCUGUUUUGAGUUUUCAGUUUCUUAAAGCUUUUUGUAAUUGUGAUGAUACCAAAUAAAACCUCAAAAGUGGGAAACACAAUUCAAAUGAGGCAGUGAAACAUAUACCUGCUAUGGAGUUGGGAUUAGGCACGCACAAGGAAAAUAUUGUAAGCGACUAAGUAACAUUUCCAUGAUUGCUUUUGGGAGAUUACUCCUUCAAAUGGGAUUAACUUUGUUGUUCAACCUGUUGAUUCGUUCAUUAUAUUUCUUUUUAACUGAACAUGAUCAAGUUCUAAACGUUUCAAAUAUAUGAUAGAAAAGAAGUCUAGUACACUAACACAAUACACAUACAUUCUUUAAGUGUUGAAGAUUUUUUGAUCUACAUGUAAGGUAGUAAAUGGUUCUAUAGGGUUGAGACCAUGGCUGAAAUUAUAUCUCUCUUUGGUUCAGAUUAUCAAAUCUUGGUUUAUGCCAUGGGUCAUGAACUAACUCUACAUUGUGUGAAUGAGAUGAUCUAUCGUAACAAUGCCAUCACAAUCCCUGAAGUGAAUUUAUGAGUCAAAAGUGAGCACUUUGCAGUGAGUGGCUUGGUGCAUAAGCUUGGUGUUCUAGUACUUUACGCAACUCAAAUUUAGUGCCUGAGCAUGAACUUGUGGAAAACAAUACAUUUCACCCCACAAGCACAAUAGAACAAGCAGAAUAAUUGUAAAGUAUUAUU